AUGGACAGCGCCCGGCUGUUCGAGGACGAGAUCAGCGUGGAGGAGGAGCGGCAGCUGGAGCUGGGGGACGUCAAGCGGGAGCGCCAGGUGCUCAUGCAGUCCAUCGCGCAGGUGAAGCAGGACGCGGGCACGGCCGGUGGAGAGGCGCAGCAGAAUGACAUCAAGCAGUUGGUGAAGGAACUGGAGCUCAAGAAGCAGAAGCUGAACGAGCUCACCCAGGAGUCUCAGCAGAAAGAGAACCUGCUGGAUCACCUGAAGAACACGAGCGUGGACUGCAAGAAGAUGAUGACGUCAGAUUCAUCGGCAGAGAUCGCGUACAUUCAGCACCUCAAGAGCGAAAUGAAGCUACUGGACGACGAGCUCGUGGAGGCGGAGGCCAAGAACAGGCUGUACUACCUGCUUGGGGAACGCACGCG